AAAACUACACACAAUCAUUCAGCCGGGAUGAUGGAGGACAGUGCAAUCUUGGUAGUAUUAUCUGCCCGCUUGAAGCAAUGUUUCCAACCAUUAGAAAAGAAUAGUAGCGCUAUAUGGCAGAGGUGCGAGGAUAUUAUAGCACACGCUGGGUACGAUUCAACAAUGGCGGACAAGAUGAAAGCAGUGAUAGGUAAAGCACUUCGGAAGGCCUUUGGGUCUGAAUUACGAUGGAAAAAAUACCGAAGGCACGAUGGGUCACGUCGCAAUCGAUAUAAUUUGCUGCCGAUAAACCCCUAUCCGGAUAUUAAACCGCCGCCUAUAACAUAUGGCAUAAUGGGCGGUUAUGCGAAGUCAAGUAGCGAAAGAUCAAAAGAGGAUGCGGGGGAAAUGCACAAUGCAUGCCACUCACUUAGUAUUGCACAGCCAACAGUACAAAUGGGCGCAGGCAAGAAUUCGGGCAAGAUCGAUUCUUCCAGCAGCGGAGACAGCAGCAUCACAAAGGGUUCAAGUAUCAGCGAAGGGAAGAACAAUUCCAGAAACAUCAAGGAGCUAAACAAUUGGCGACCGUUCCCGAAUGCAUUUGCAAUCGAGUGCGUUGAUUUUAGUGCCCCAUUUGGUGAGAAUUGUGAUAACAUAGUGGCCGGUCCGUCUCAAUCGCAUGACGAAGCAACCAAUCCUGGCAGAUAUAUACAGCAGCACUACAGUCGUAAUGACACCGAGCAGAAACUAUUGCUGGAGGACUCUGGCAAUCAUGCUUGUACCAGCAAAUCGAAUAAUCGGACUUCUUCUAUUUACACCUUGGACUCAAACCAGGCGCGGCAAAAAUCGCAUAUUUUGAAUCAAGGUAGUUUCACGGGAUAUAAUAAGCAGGAUGACAAUGUUGGCGCUCUCGAAUACGAACAGGAGUCGACCUCGUACGAUGAAGAGAUGGUGGAGGGCAUGCGUCGAUUGGCGGCACGGCAUGCCAGCGAGAUGAAUGCGUACAAACAAAAAAUGGGAAGACGGACUAUUUCUAAAAUACCUGCACAUGCCACAAUAAGACAUAUACCACAGGAUCCCUCCUACUACAUUGAAAAUGAGAGUUUAGGGUCAGGAUUUGCGUCGGAAUUUAUCAAGCCCUCACCUAAAACUUCAUUUUUGGAUGCCGGUAGUCGACAUAGGUUUCCGGUUACGAAUGACCUUAAUAAUGCAAUCGAUUUAUCAGCGUCUAAUGGUCGUGCCGCACAUGCGGAGACUAACAUCAACCAUUCUCAGUACUCAGACCAUGCCCCUUACCACUAUAUUCCACAUCGUAGACUGUACUAUUUCAAGGAUAAUAACAACACCGAGCACAAACCGCAAAGUUGGGCUGAGAGUACACGCACAUCUUUACAAUCACAGUCGCCCCGAUAUCGUUGAACGGAAGUGUCAGACAACAUCUAUAUCAGGCGACGCGC